CACACCUCGUUGUGACAGUUCCGUGGGCGGGAGAUACGAAUGUCCAUAUUUAGCCAACUCGCCACAAGAUGCUAACUGUGAAUCAUAUUGUACCGUUUUACCGUAAAGUCUGGAAGUCAUAAAGUGUGCCAUGUCUAUCAAGUGCGAAACAUGUUAAACUACCUCUAAUCCAAAGGAAAGAAGGAAGCAAUGAAUCACACGGUGAACAUCAAAGAAAUGCUGAGUAUGCCAGCGGCAGGUAGCAGAAGUGGAGCUGCCAACGGAGCGACCAACUUCACAGAUUCUCAGUUUUUCUUCGGCUCUCAAUUUUGGCGAGAAAAUUCUCAGGGCCUGUCUCAGGAAAUGAGUUUGUCCUCCAGGAACUCCCAACAAAGUUCAACGGAGGGAAGUGACCCAAAGUUUUUGACCAGUUACCGCUCUAAACCGCUUCUAUUUGGAGACCCAAAGGACAAACACAAAGCGUUUGGACUUCUUGAUACCUUUGAGGAGGAGAAGAAAAAGGCAAAAGAAAAAAAUGACAGUCAGAUGCUUGCAAAAGAAUGUCUGCACAUUCGAGAAACUCUGAACAAAAUCCAGCAACUAAUGGUGGGCUCAGACGAAAACACCUCUGAAUGCCAAACGAUCCUCCAAAAGUUAAGCAAUUUGUCCUCAACAUUGCAAAACAUGAGCAGCAUCCAGAGCGACAUUUUGCAGCAGUUUGAAGCUUUAUUGAACAUGGUGAACUCACAGAAAGAGAUGAUGAUAGAGUUGGGAGAGCGGGUGCAGAAGAAUGAAGCCGUCAGCACAGAACUUGGCUCAAAUAUGCAAAGUGAUGUGGAGCAUCUGAGAAAGGAGCAUGAAAAAACCCGUUUGAAUCAUGAAAGCAUGCUUGAGGAGGCCCUGCGGCUGCUUAAUACUUUGGUCUCUGAGCAUUCAGCCAAGCUCUGUCCUGGAAAGGUCACUGACACGGCCAUGCAGACGUCACCAGGACAGGACGAAGGGAUUGAAGUGGCGCAGGAUUCCCAUAUAUCGCACAAGCAACGUCCUGCCGCGGUUGUGAGAAUAGGUAAAUCCACAUCUAGAGUUUCCAGAAAGCGCAAAAAAGAGAGAGCUCCGGUGCCUCCUCAGAGAUCCAAUCUCACCGUCUAUGAUGAAAACAGUCAACCUCUCAUCAAUGGCAUCAAACAACAAAACCGAUCAAGGCCUCUCUGCAGCGCCUCUGACGUGAACCAGGUAAGCAGUCGCAGUUCAUUUCAACCAAACACAAAAGGCAGAUCAACUGAAGCUGCAGGAUGUUUCAUCACACCUCUCAGUUUUUGGUCUCAGGAGAGCAACAACUCUGACAUCCUCAAAUGUGUCAGUCCUAAUUUAGAGAAGGCGAGUACUGAGUCCAAUGCAGGGGCCGCCAUGCCUCCUGAUGCUCUAUGGCGUUUGUUUGACAUGGAUUAGGAUUGAGAUAAAUGUUUUUUUUUGUUGUUUUUACCUCACUGCACUGAUGUUAGUGGCUUUGAGAUGAACCUCGGUGGAUGACGCAGCAAUGCAUGCAAGACAGAGUUCUUGUUCAACUGUUCAUGGUUGAAUUUAACUUAUUGUCUUAAACCUGUUCUGUUUGUAUGCUCUUGGCUUAGAGGUCGAAAAUAAAUAAUAAUUAUUUACAUUUUACCGCAUGAUCUGCCGCACCGUGGCUUGGAGGUAUUUUGGAUCUGGGUUUGAAUCGCCGUUCGACAUUUCUGUGUUGAGUUUGCAUGUUCACCCCCUGCGUGGUACUACGGUACUCUGGUUUGCUCCCACAUCCCAUACUACAUAACCUAAGACUGAUAUGCCUCUGUACAGGCACGCCCCAAACAAGAAUGGUUUCACUCUUUUGUAGUGCAAAACGACAGUCAUUAAGAUACCUCUGCCAGGUAACGACAGUCGUUUGGGUGGAAUCAUCAUUGUCCAUAUUCCAUCCCGUUAUUACAAUGAUCAUGGACACACCUGAAACCAAAGGUGGGUGUGUUGUGUUGCUCAAACUUGCUCUGAUGAGAGAUGAAGCGUCUUCAAAGACAACUUGAACACUACAAUUGGAAUGCAUUGUACCUUUAGUCGGUAAAUGCUUGGGGUCCUAUCUAGCCUUUGAUGAAACCCCAGUGAACUUUUUGUGCAACAAAAAGUAAGGGUUGUGCAAUGUUCAUUUUUUAGUUAUUAAACUUAUUACAAAGGCUUCGCUGAAGCCCGCCUGGAUGAGAGGUGCAAGGUCCGCUAAGGCAACCCCAACGGUCCAGUUACAAUCGAUUCAAUGCCCUGACAAUACACUGACCUGGCUGAAUGAGAAUAUUCAAAGACAUUCCAAAAGGGUUUCACAGCUCCUAAAAGGUGAUGACUGUGAGGCACAUAACCGGAUGUCAUCAUUGUUUGGAUCAGUCCAAAGAAAAAGCAGGUGUUACCUCCCUGCAGCAUCAUAGUGAAUAAAAAACAAGAGUAGAGAGUAUUUCUGCAAGCCUUUGCACGUCUGACCUAUAAACUUGUGAACUUUACUGCUCUUCAGUGAUCCGUAAACCUCAAAAAGAUUCCAAUGUGUCGCUGACAUAUGGAAUAUCACACAGGAUAGACUUCAUAGAAGGAGCUGCACUCAGGGUUAUUCCAAUCUAGUUAAUUUCUUCCUCUGUAAAAAUGUAUAUUUGGUGCUUUUAUAAGCCUUUUCUACGUUUAGGCCUGUCUGGGUGAGAUAUAUUCAUACAGUGUAUAUAUAGGAAACAAGUACAGUAUAAGGCGGAUGUGAAAGUAUACAUAAAUAAAGGAGCUUGUAGGAAAGACACACAGAGAGGAUGAUGGAGAACGCUGGUGUGUAGGUGAGACAUUCUACUUCACUUUGACAAAGUCACAGAGUUUGUUCAAGUCCAUGUGGGGGACACAUGUCACAAAAACCUUGAUAAGAUGUUAAUGCUGUAACUACCUUUAAACGGUUCUAUUCAUAAUGCCCUUUAAUUAAAACCUGUGGGGGACUGAGAUGCCAUAUAGUUUAUAUGAUACUAUACAUAAUCAUAUAAUGUGUACCUUUGACCUUUCUGAUUGAUUUGAUUCUCUAGAUAUGAACUAAAUCACUUGCUUUCAUGGGUAGUUGUAUGAAACCUGGCCAGGAUUUUAUUGAGAUGACUGAAUAUAAAAUGUAUUUUGAAGAGAUUUGGAUAUGCAUAUAGGCUAUCAUAAGGAUAAGCGUUAGAAAAUGAAUGAAUAAAUAUCUACCGAGCACUGGUUAACACUGGGGAACUAAAUUUUCAUUCAGGCUCAAAGCGGCUGUCAAAUGACCUGAGACUGCUCAAAAACAAUCCAAACAGGUUCUUUUUUAUGAUAAAAAAUAUCGGGGGGAAAUAAUAUAUGAAAUAAUUUGCUGAUGUGUUGAAAGUGAAAUAUUUAUACGCUACUUCUAAUUGUACUUUCAUGACAGUGACCAAAGGUAAAAGGUGUAACUGGAUUCUACACCCAACCUUGAUGCUAAAAUGGCUUUUUUUAUGACUGCAUAUAACCCUUAUAGCCAUUGUAGACUGUACAACACAAUGCUGUGCGAGGGAUCAAAGGUCAAAAGUAUUUAAAGUUGUUUUCCAGCCUUUAAUAAGAUUAGGGGCUUUUAAAUCCUGCCAUUGCUUCUAAUUCUCCAUGCUGAAAAAUGUACUGCUCGUGCGCUUCUCACUGUCAGCUGGUGCAGUAGGUCAGUCGAAUAGCACAAUAAGAAACACAAUAUCGUUCCUUUCAUAGCGCUCUGACAGUGUCAAUAUUACCUUUGUCGCGACACAGUGCUCUGCAAGUGUACCUAAUGUUCCUGAGUGUAUACUGAUCCACCAAUCAUAAAUCGGCACGACAAGGCAACUCUUGACUUUAUUUACACUCAGUAAUGCAUUGCCCAGCAUACAUGCUCAACAUAUACGGUUGUAACAAAUGACAUAAAUAUCAGAGAAAAUAAAUAUUAAAUAAACAUUUAGGGCUGUAUUAAGACAUUUUGUAAACACAUAAAAUGAUCUGACUACAAAAGUGUGUGAUUCUUUACCCUGAGAGAAGAUAAUAAAAAAAAAGCAUAAAAACAAGCUCUUAAUGACAGAGAGCAUUAUUCAGUACAACACAAGCGCUCUUGUGUGACGGUGGUUAUAAAGUACGUAAGUGUUUUCAGUCUUAUUCCUGUCUUCAGUCAGGAGGAGAGCGAAGGUCCACUUUUCAGUCCCCAUGAGGCUAACUGUCAUGGCGUGGUGGCUUUAGUGCAUGUAGAUGCAGGAGGAACGCUCAGCAGAUCAUACUGCAAACACGCUCAGGGGGCUGCUCUCGUCUUUCAGGCCCAGGAUGCUGUAAGCGAUCCUUUUCAUGUGACCCGGCAAGCGAACGCCAAUAUUCCUGAUGUCUCUGCAGGGGCAGAGGGGAAAACGCCAUGUUAGCUAUGUGAAUGAUGAAUGACAAUGCAGGAAAUGUCAAGAAUGGCACGUUAUUAAUAAUGUGGAAGACAAAUGCACACCUGCUAAUCUUUAGGAAACUUUAUGAAACUGAAAGUGAUGAAACGUCUGUGAAUAUGCAGCAUGUGUGUCAAAGCAUGCACUUACUCGUGCCUCAAGGCGAGCACCUGCUCCAUGCUGGUGACGCCCGCGCGCGCAAAGCUUUCGUUGUACUGGCUCAUCUUGAUGGAGUCCAGCCACUCGGGAACAGAUCUGAACAUGGUGCCGUCACAGCCGCUGGUGCUGGGCAACCGUAUGGACACGCUGCAGAAGGACAGAGGUGGACAAUGGUUACCAUUUUCUAGCCAUUCAAAAUCAAUCUAAUUGUAAUGGCGUCCCACAUAAUAUCCAGUACAAAAGCUGUCUUUAUAAAUAUUUUAUUGUAUACGUUUUACACAUUAUUUAUUUGACAGAUGUUUUGUCUGCCUCAGCGUUCUGCACAGAACUUUAGUACUCUAUGGUUGUCUUAAGGUGCGUUAUCAAUAGAGUUAGACUGGAUUCAAAAAACAGUUUAAAGGGUUAAAAGGACUGAUGUCACUGAACAUACCGUGGGUCAAAGUCAGCGAUGGUGGUCAAAGACUCCGGACUCUGCAGCAGUUUGUCCAGAAUGUUGACAAUAUCAGAGAAGCGGGGUCUUGAGGAACGGUCGUGCUGCCAACACUGCAGCAUGAGCUGGUAGAUGGCAGAGGGGCAGUCCAUGGGUGCGGGCAGCCUGAAGGCCUCGUUGAUGGCUUUCAUGACCUGCAAAUGAAGAAACCAGAGCUUAGGAUGAUCUACCGACUGUCACGCUGGCGGUCUUGACAUGUCGUCAUAUCAUCUCCGGCUUUAAACUUAACAAUCCGUGACAGAAGAAAGAUUACCUCAUGGUUGCUCAUGUCCCAGUAGGGCCUUUCUCCAAAUGCCAUGACUUCCCACAUGACGAUGCCAAAGCUCCACACGUCACUGGCUGAGGUAAACUUCCUGUAUGCGAUGGCUUCAGGCGCCGUCCAGCGGAUGGGGAUUUUACCUCCCUGAUAGAAAAGCAACAGUGAGUCAUUUAUGACCUCCAAGGUAAAUAAGGUCCCUUGUUAUGCAAAAUAUACUUGCAUCAAUGUGUCUCUCGAGUGUGUUUAUGAGCACCAAAUGUGAUUAUCAAUCAACCCGAACUUGUUUUGCGGUGUUUUUGAGCGAAGAGCCACCAAUUUUUAGCUAUUUUCAUAACUUUAAGCCACCUCUGACCCACCCCUGUAGCCUAGCCCGCCCUGUGUAUACUAAAAAGCAGGCUUUACUACACAUCUUAAAAUAAAGCCUAUGGGAGCUGUACGGAAAAACACAGCUCAUUAGCAUUAUUGGGACCUGUUGUGCAACUUAUUUGAAAUGGCUGAAAAUAUGAGACCUUUAAAUGGAAACUAAAUGACUUACUCUCGUUGUGUAGGUCCCCUCGGCAUCAUCCUCCAGGACACGCGACAGGCCAAAAUCAGACACCUUGCACUCCAGGUUGCCGUUGACCAGAACGUUCCUCGCUGCCAGGUCACGGUGCACAUAGUUCAUGUCUGAGAGGUAUUUCAUGCCGGCGGCGAUUCCACGCAGCAUUCCCCCAAGCUGGUAGGUGGGAAUCUCCCCAUCGCGAUCCUGUGGGUAUAAAGAAAGACUUUGUCGUUCUGUGUACCAAAUUUCACAGUUUUCACUGUGUCAGGUGAGUGUAUGUGUGCCGUUUCUACCUUAAGAUAGAUAUCCAGAGCUCCGUUUUCCAUGUACUCUGUCACAAUCAUGGCAUGCUUGACUGGAAAGUAAAAAAAUAAGUUUAGAGAAUGCUUCACCACUUUUUUUCCCCUCUUUCUGCUGUUUCCAAGACUCACAUUUGGUAACGACUCCCUCCAGGCGGAUGAUGUUGGGGUGCGAGAACUGUCCCAUGAUGCUGGCCUCACUCAGGAAGUCUUGCCUCUGCUUCUCUGAGUAGCCCUGCUUCAGGGUCUUGAUGGCCACGGCCACCUCCCCCCGCCCGGGUGUCUUCAUCACGCCUCUGAACACUUCGCCAAACUCGCCUGCUAGGAAGAAAACAAAGAAGAUGCUGACUUUCCCAGCCUUGACAAACAAGGAAUGGAAGGUAAGGGACCGGAAGACUCGCCUAC